AUGGCUGACAAUGAGAUCAUCUCAACAUUAAACACGAUUUCGAUGUAUAUUAAUAAAAUCUUUCCAAUCAUUCUUCUAAUUGCCGGUACUCUUGGACACACGUGCAAUCUUCUUAUCUUCUCCAAACGUACACAACGUACAAACCCAAUCGCCAUCUAUUUUCUUAGCAGUACUAUUGUCAAUCUUAUUAUUGUUUACAUCGGUGUACUUAUUCGUUAUUUACAAGAUAAUUGGAACAUUGAUCCUGUCAAUAAUGAUCUUAUCGUCUGUCGUAUACGUUCGUUUUUGCAAUAUGUAUCCUUUAGUCUCUCAAAUUGGUACAUUUUAUUAGCAACAGUCGAUCGGUAUUUGAUUAGUUCAGAGAACAACAAUCGCCGGCAGCUGAGUUCAGUGAAAAAUGCCUAUCGUAUAAUCUUUUGUACCACUAUUACAUUCAUGUUACUCUAUUGUCAUGUUCUAAUCCUCUACAACAUUCAAACUUAUCUAAAUAGUAGUAAUAAUUUUCAAAACUACUGUUAUCCUCAGCGUGGUUGGUAUCGGACCUUCAAUGAUGUGCAAUUAUUGAUACAAUUUAGUCUUUUACCACCAAUUCUGAUGAGUAUAUUUAUAACGUUCAUUCUCAAAAAUAUUCACGCAUCGCAUAAGCGUAUUGCGAAUACGGUUGUUGCACAUCAUCACGCACGAAUAAAAAAACGUGACUUACAAUUGAGUAGAAUGUUACUCUUUCAAGUUCUCAUUACGAUUAUUUGCUCUUUACCAUUCGCAAUAUCGCAAUUGAUUACAACCAUGAGCUUAACAUGGACAAAGACUCCAUUGCGUUUAACAAUUGAAGCUUUUCUGGCAUUAAUCGGCCGUCAAUUAGCAUAUAUGAAUUGUUCAAUAUCUUUUUAUAUUUAUACAUUAGCCGGAUCACAAUUUCGUCUAGAAAUUCGACGAACUAUUAACGAUAUAACAAUGGUUCUAUGUCGAAAACGUCUAUUAGAAAAAAGUCGUAUUGAUGUUGAUCGUGGACUAUCUCCUGGCCAUGCUCAAGCUGCAUCAGCUCGUCAGCAAACACAACAACCAAAAGUCGCAGCUAGUAAUCAGAACGAUGUUCAAACGACUGAAAAUCAGAACAAUCAAGUAUAA